CCGACCAAGGACUCGGAGCGGCAAGCGGCGCGCGGCCUAGCGGCAUGGCCCAGACCGCACGCGUGUCAGUGCCGUGACGAGGCGUGACGAAGCAGUGUGGCGAGUGUGCCGAGUGUGACAUGCGGCGCCAGUGAUUUGUGUGAGUGCGACAGUGGUACCAUGGGGCCUUGUGGCGGUGUGCUGGCAGCCCCAGCCGCCCCAGCCCCCCUCCCCCUCCCCCUCCCCGCCCCGCGGCCGGCGCGGCUGUCCUGGAUGCUGCUGCUGCUGGUCGUGCUGCUGGCGGUGCCCAUCGUCCCCGCGCUCAACUGGCAGGACAACAUCAGGCCCAAGAUGAAGGUGGAACUAGGGGCCGAGGACGUGUUCCGGUUCGGCGGCAACGAGUCCCACGUCGACUACUUCCGCCUCGCCGUGCGGGACGGCAACUCGCUGCUGGUCGGCGGGAGUAUGUAUGGAGCAUUGGCCGUGUUCUCGCGGGUGGCGCGGGUGUGCAAGAGAGACAGCGGCGGCCCGCACAACUUCCGCAACCGGUGGACGUCCUUCCUGAAGGCGCGACUCAACUGCUCCGUCCCCGGAGACUUCCCCUUCUACUUCAACGAGAUGCAGUCGACCACGGAGAUGAUUGAGGGCGUGUACGGCGGCAACCACUCGCAGCUCAUGUACGGCGUGUUCACCACCCCCGUCAACAGCAUCUCCGGCUCGGCCGUGUGUGCCUUCUCGCUCAAAGACAUCAACCGGGCCUUCGAGAGCUCCUUCAAGGAGCAGGCAGAGAUGAACGCCAACUGGCUGCCCGUGCCGCCCAACAAGGUGCCCGACCCGCGGCCCGGGCAGUGCGUCAACGACUCCAGGACGCUGCCCGACCUCACCCUCAACUUCAUCAAGACCCACUCCCUGAUGGACGGCUCGGUGGGGUCCUUCUUCAGGCAGCCCGUCGUGAUCCGGACCAGCUUCAACUACCGGUUCACCCAGAUAGCAGUGGACCCCCAGGUGAAGACCCCGGGCGGCAAGGCGUACGACGUUCUGUUCAUCGGGACAGACAACGGCAAGGUGAUCAAGGCCGUGAACGCGGACGCGGCCGACACCCUGAACCGCGUGAGCCCCGUGGUGAUCGAGGAGAUGCAGGUGUUCGCGUCGCACAUCCGCGUGCGCAACGUGCGCGUCGUCAAGGCGGGCGAGGGCGGCGUGUCGGACGGCCGCCUCGUGGUGGUGUCCGACGCCGAGGUCCAGGCCCUGCGCCUGCACCGCUGCUUCUCCGACAAGAUCCUGUCGUGCAGCGAGUGCGUGGCGCUGCAGGACCCGUACUGCGCGUGGGACAAGCAGGCGGGCCGGUGCCAGGCGCAGAGCACGACGGGGCCGGGCGCCAAGCGCUGGGCCGACGACAAGCAGUUCUACCAGAGCAUCGCGACGGGGCUGCACCCGGGCUGCCCGGCCAGCAAGGCGGCGUCCACGCGCCACAGCGAGCGGCACGGCGACCGCGGCGACGCCAGCAGCGCCAGCAGCGCCAGCUCGACGCACAAGACGCACCACAACGCCGACUCGAGGCAGGCCGGCAAGGAGGGCGAGGACGGCGAGGUCAUCAACAUCACCCAGGGCACGGACUCGGGCCCCGAGGUGAGCGCGGCCGACUCGCUGCUGCCGCAGUACUCCGUGGAGACCCUCGCCAUCGCCGUGGUGGCCGGCGCGGCCGCCGCGCUGCUGCUGGGCUUCGCCAUGGGCUACUUGUGCGGCCGCAAGUGCAGGAAGGACGACGACGACAACCUGCCGUACCCGGACACCGAGUACGAGUACUUCGAGCAGCGCCAGAACGUCAACAGCCGGCUGACUGCGGAGCCCAAGCUGCUGCCCCAGGAGGAGGUGACCUACGCCGAGCCGCUGCACCUGCCGCAGGCCAACAGCAAGUCGCUCAACUCGCCCAAGAGCACGCUGCGGAAGGUCCAGCAGCACGCCAACAGCACGGCGGCGCAGGAGACUCUCUUCCAGUUCCCCGAGGCGUACGCGCCGCCCAGCUACGCCCAGCAGCGGAUGCCGCGAGACAACUUCGGCACGCUGCGGUCGCACCACGACGGCUUCGGCACCACCCGCAGCGUCAAGAAGGUGUACCUCUGAGACUCCGGGGGGGAGGAGGACAUGUCGGCGCUGGCGCUGCGCGGCCACCACGCUAGGGGCCAGCACGGCCAGCACCAGCAG